AUGUCUCUAUUUUCGAUACAGAACUUGUAUAUUAAGCAUCUUUACACUGACGAGACUACAAACUCUACCGGAGUCCCAUCCGAGUAUUCCUUUCAAAGCGAGUUCUUUUCCGUCUUCAGGAGUGUGCUCUCAACCGCGUUUUCAAAGUAUCGGUACAGGACCUUAGUUGAGGGGAAAGUACAUGAUAAUGGUAACAAUCGUCGUCGCUUAGAUAUUCUCAUCCACAACGGUGAUACCACUCCUGUAUAUGGCUUUGAGCUCGAAGUUGCACCAACUCGGACUGUCUUCCGAGACCAUGUGGAACGCGCCUCACAAUAUGCCAGACUCCAUAACACUAUUAAUAUGUUUUUGGUCACCUUGUGCCCCAAGCCUAGAGUGGAUUAUUUUCAGGAGAAUCAGGAUAUGCAGGAUACGCGGGAUAGGUCGAAUACACGGUAUAAUUUCAGGGACAUACCUACGCCGGAUUAUCGAUUCAACCAGGAGGAAGCCUUUGUCUUUCCAGAAAAUGUGACUCCAGUAAAUGUAACCAUAGAGAAGACAGAUGAUGUAUGGAUGGCAAGUUUGCAAUAUAGAGGAGAGGGACAGACUGAUGUUGUUUAUAUCACAGGUUCUGAAUGGCAGAUGGAAUUUGUUGAUG